GUGCCAAGUGGUGGACAAUGCAUCAUCCCUAAAAGCAAAGUCCUCAAUCUUCAGAAGGUUAAUGGAGAGUGGGGAUCUUGAAGGAUGGACCCUAAGAACUUGUGGAACUUGUUCCUGGCUUUCCCAGGCACGAGACCUUUCCAGAGCUCAGAUCCCCACCGCCCAACACUCCCGCCAAAGUCCAGCCUCUUGAUGUAAAGUGUGGACAAGUAAACACUUCAGCUUCUCUAAGAGGUUGGCAGAAGCCAAAAUGGGUUGGAUUCUGGGGCAGCAUAGAGAGUGGUCAGGUUCAAUCACGGGUGCUUUGUCACCGCCGGGACCCUGCUGAAGAGUCACACUUGGACUUGGGGACCAGAGAUCCGAGUCCUUGAAGACACCCCACCCAACUCUGCUACUCUGCGUCCUUACCUGGAACCCCAGUGGUCACCCCAACGGUCCCUGCCGUGCUCCCUCUCUCACCCUGAUCUGUGACCCCACAGGUGAGGAAGGCCCUGCUGAGCUUCAUCGAGUGCUGGGGCAGCACGACCACCUGGCCCAGCCCCAGAGCAGCAUCAUCCUCGAUUACGUGGUCAAGCUCAGCAAAUGUGACUCCUCUGUUAGCAUAGGUGUGGGUGGGAGGGUGGAGGGCAACAGAGUGGGUCCUGAGGCUUAGAGGAGGGAGCAAGAAGAAGGCAGAGUUGGGAGCAGGAGGGAAAUGAGAGGAGGGUAUGGCUGGUGCGAGGGUGGGGAGGGACUUUGGCCUCCCCUGAGCAGUGAGCCUGGGAGGUCUGAACCAGACUCAGCGGGCACUGGUUUCAGAAUUAACACCUCUUCUUAUUCCAGAAUGAAGUGGACAUCCGAAUACUGUGUUCAAAGAUUCUCCAGAUGGUACAAGCAGCCAGGGGCAAAGAGGCUGUCCAUUUCCUCCGCCCUUGCUCCUUGUUACCCCCCCAGCCCCUAGUUCACCCCUCCUGCAUCCAGCCUCUUCAGCUUUCUCUUCUCCCCCUCCCCCACUCCAGAAAUGCCCACUCGCGUGCCCAGGCUCCUCUGGAGGGUGUCUCAGGGCCAGGAGAGGGCCUCUCCCGGGGAGGCUGGAGACUGCUCUGGAGUCUUCUCAUCCCCUUUAUAGCUCUAAAAUGUGUCAAUGGCUGUCUGGGCUGCAGUUUUCCCAUCUGUCCGCGAGGGGGGGAACGUGCAUCCCGCCUGCCACAGGAGCCUCUGAGGGUUCUUGAAGGCUGGAGGAGCUGAUGUGUGGGUCAGAGUCUAGGUAAGGGCUUAAGGGAGGAGCACAGCUGGGAUUCCCUCUCCGUCCUGGAGUCACAGCUGCUCUCCUCCCAGCAGGCCGGGCCUCCUGACCCUUCCCAGGGCUUCUGUCCUGGGAUGUUCCCCUGUGAAUUCCAAAUUUCAGGAAACCCUCUCUCUAAGCAAGUCCUUCUGGCUGUGAUUUUUAUCAGGACCUUGUUUGUAGUUUACCACGACGGAGUGGUGGUGCUGCUGGUGGUGGUGGUGGUGGAGGACGUGGUGUGUCUGUCUGUGUCUGUGGCCUGCAGGCCUCAAAUGCCCUUGCAGGAAAGAAGACAAGGUUGUGGCUUGGAGAACGUGGGCCCGGGCUUAUCUAGGCUUGCCAAUGAAACCCUUGCACAUCCCUGCCAGGUCUCCUUGCCAAGACUGGUCACCGUAAUGUGUGAGCCCAGCAGUGUCUUGGCCUUUGUGCCACUGUGUGAGACAGUCUUGGAAAUGGCUCUGAAGGCCCAGUCCCAGGGCAAGACCCCCUACCUCAGCGGCUUUCAUCUCACACCCACCCAGUUUGUAACCCCACAGAACCUCCUGUCCUGCCUCGUGACUUUCCUGUAUAAAUUCUUCGGCUUCACCCUGUGGUCCUCAAGUGACAAGACAUUGGUGCAGAUGAUGAUCACCGCCUUGGUCCUGACCACCCACGAGGACUUGGCAGAGCGGGAGGCCUGUGGAGGAGCCCUGACCAAGUGUACUAAGGUGAUUGUCGGCUUGUCACUCACGGAGGCCUUCCGGCACACCACCCUCAGCGACCACAUCCACGUAUUGAAGAAACGUGCAAGUACCUGGUGGGCACAGGCAAAUUGCAGCUCGUGGGGGACUUACUGUCCCAGAGCUUUGACUUCCUGAAGAGCCCCCAGUUCUUCCUAAGGGCAGCUGCACUCAACUUCAUAGGGUUCAUGGUGAAGAGGCUAAACAUGAAACUCAUCCACCCCAAUGAUGUGCAGCUCUUGCGGAGUGUUCUAACAUCCCUCAACAAUGACCCUAUGGAAGAUAUCCCGAUUUUGGCCCAUAAUGUCCUGAAGGCCAUCGAAGACUCUCUUGCCUCGGGGUAUGCCUCUACUUCCAGGCUUACUCAGCUAAGCAGGCACUUCUUCAAAUGGUCCUGCCUGAAACACACAGAAAGAAAGAAGCGACUGUUUAAGACUGUCAAGCGGGAAAAGGCUGAGAGUGAUCAGAAAAGGACAGCCCCGACCUGGCUCCAGAGCCCUCUCGCCUCAUUGCGUAACUGGUACAAGUCACUGUAAAUCUUGAAACCUGGGGACACCAGUCCUUGCAACUGUUGACCCAUAUGUUGAGCUCCGCCCCACGGCAUGUGCUCCCAUCUCCUGCCCCACUGGGACUAUACAUUGGCUUAAACUCCAGGAAGCAUUUUAUUUAAAUAAA